GGAAGCGGCUGAUGCGGGUGAGUCUCAAACGGCGACAGUUCCACUUUUUCAGAGGCUCCGCGCACUGAGCCCAGAAGGAGGAAGUCACCUAUAACCACAGACUACAUGUAACGUGAGUCAAGAACAGCGAUUUAGCAGCGUGCUGUCAAACACACGGGGCACACAGACGCACCCUCUGGAGUAUCUGGAGUAUGGCCGUGACUGCUGCCAACGGGAUUCUCAAGCAGCAUUCAAAGCACAAAAGCCCCAAAAGCGAAGAUGUUAAAGUGAAUGGAUACCACAAGAAGAUCCAGAAAAAUGUCCCAGAGAAUGGCAUCGCCUCCAGGCAGCCCAGGCAUGAGGCGUUUGAGCAGGCGCCCCUGUACGUGGCUGUCAUGACUUACCUGGGCUUCGGCUUGGUUACCCUUUUCGGCUACUUCAGAGACUUCCUCAGGGCUGUGGGUUUAGAGAAGUGCCACGUUGCCCAGGAGAGACCCGAGCAGAAGGAUUUUGUACCUUUAUAUCAAGACUUUGAAAAUUUCUACACUCGUAAUCUGUACAUGAGAGUACGAGACAACUGGAACCGUCCAAUAUGCACCCUUCCAGGACCUGUAUUUGACCUCAUGGAGAGAGUGUCUGACGACUACAACUGGACUUUCAGGUUUACAGGGAAGACCAUACCCAAUGUGAUCAAUGUGGGCUCAUACAACUACCUCGGUUUUGCAGAGAACAAUGUGGAUUUCCUGAAGACGGUAGCAGAGAGGACUCAGCAGUAUGGUGUUGGAGUGUGCAGUACAAGACAGGAAAUAGCAAACCUGAGUCUGCACCAGGAGCUGGAACAACUGGUGGCCAAUUUCCUUGGAGUGGAGUCCUCCAUGACCUUUGGAAUGGGGUUUGCCACAAACUCAAUGAACAUCCCUGCACUUGUAGAGAAGGGCUGUCUGAUCCUGAGCGAUGAGCUGAACCACACAUCCCUCAUAUUAGGUGCCAGACUGUCUGGAGCAACCAUACGGGUGUUCAAACACAACAACAUGCACAGUUUGGAGAAGAUGCUUAGAGAGGCAAUUUCCUCAGGGCAACCUCGGACCCACAGACCCUGGAAGAAGAUCCUUAUCAUGGUGGAAGGCAUCUACAGCAUGGAGGGCUCAGUGGUGCGCCUCCCGGAGAUCAUCGCCCUAAAGAAGAAGUACAGAGCGUACUUGUAUCUGGACGAGGCACACAGUAUCGGAGCAGUGGGGCCGACGGGUAGAGGUGUCACCGAACUCUUCAAUGUAAACACUGCAGACGUGGACAUCAUGAUGGGCACUUUCACUAAGAGCUUUGGAGCGGCCGGAGGAUACAUCGCAGGAAAAAAGGAGCUUGUGGACUACCUGCGCAGACAUUCCCACAGUGCUGUCUAUGCCACCGCCAUGUCCCCUCCUGUCACUGAGCAGGUUAUCCGGGCCAUGAAGUGCAUUAUGGGAAAAGACGGGGGCAAUGAAGGGAUGAGACGCGUGCGCCAACUGGCAGAAAACACCAGGUAUUUCAGAGCCAGACUCAAGGAGAUGGGCUUCAUCAUCUAUGGAAACGAUGACUCACCUGUGGUCCCCAUCCUGCUCUACAUGCCCGGCAAAGUGGUUGCUUUCGCUCGAGAGAUGUUGGAGAGGAGGAUCGGGGUGGUGGUGGUCGGGUUCCCUGCCACUCCCAUCACUGAGGCCCGCGCUCGCUUUUGUCUGUCUGCGGCCCACACCCGAGACAUGCUGGACCAGGUGCUGCACCAUCUGAAUGAAGUCGGGGACCUGCUCUGUCUGAAGUUCUCACGGCGGAGACAUGCCCCGCAGCACGACCCCUACGACGAGACAGACUUCGAGAUCGACGGCUGAGGCGCGACCUUUGACCUUCACACCACUGCGUCAAACCAAAGUGUGCGCAAACAGCCGCGUUCGCCCUGUCUGUGGCAGCUGUAUCUGUGAGACACUACAAGACAACUGAAAAUUUUACCUCGACACGCACAGCAGAGAAUGGGCACAUUUUAUGGAGUUUAUUUUUAUAUAUAUUUGUACAGUUGCAAAUUUCAAAUAUACGCACAGUUUUAAAAUCAGAUUUUCACUUUUUUUUAUAAAACCAGUUUAUAAUAACAAUUGAACAAUUGUAAUAACUCACUCACUAUAAAUUAUUUGUAUAAAACCAAAACAGUUUUCAAUAUUGUUACAAAUAACAUUUUAUGAUAACAUAAAGUAAGAAUCUAUACAUUACACAUAUUGUUAGAGUUAAUACUGGUGUUAGCAAAUUGCAAAAUAAUGAAUGCAAAGACUGAUUAAAAUGUGACAAAAUGUUAAAAAUGUAAAUAUUUGUGUUAAUAUUUUUAUGCAAGAAUUAAUUUAGUACUUGAUUAUUGUAAUUUGUCCUCCUGCAUUGACCGCCCCAUUUAUCACCAUAUAUAAUUACAAACUGUAUCCUGCUGCUAUUACUUCACUCACAAACUAUUUAAUGUGAACAAAAGAUUGGAAAAUGGGUUGUGGCAUGUUUUGUGGGUUAGUCUUAAUUGUUGAUCUUUUAAGGACUUAUUUGUCUUCCUUACAGACAGACACAGAGCUGUGAAGAUAAGCAUUCUGGGUAUGCAGGCACCUGAGCCAACAGAGACCUAACCUAGCAAUUAGCGCUCAACUCCAAAUUCUAGUGGUAUGGGGUAAUGAUUUGAUUAACACAGGAUGGAUAAAACAUAGAUGAUAAAUGUGUUUUACAGAUAGGACCCAGUCUGCACUUGUUAGCUCUCCACGCGUUGCCAUGUUUGUGUGUUUUCAUUUGUGUUAACUGCAUGGUGAUAUAUAACACUACAGUAUGACAUAAAAGAGAGAAAAAUGUAAGGAAUCAUUUUAAGGAAUCAUUUUGGAGCUGACCAAAUUUGACAGUUUUCUACAAAGUCUGAACAAUACGAAUAAAAAGGAGGUUCUAUUCAUCCAUGUCUAUAAACAUUAUUUUUGACAAUAGACUUAUUAAGAGGUGUGUUUAUUACUCUAAUGUACCUUGGGAAAACAUCAAGCAGGUGGCAUUAUUUGUCAGGUCUGUGGAAAGGCAAUUUUUCCAUGUAUUUCUGAGCUGUAAAAACAC